AUGCGAGACGAGAUAAGUUUGUACUUAGAACGGGUGGAGGGAUGGGAUUUGCAUGCACACAGAAUCACGCCAUCGGAAAAACCGGCAGCUGCUGGUGAAGGGCAAGCGGUGCCUCGGUCCGCGCGUGCGAAAGUGAAAAAGCGGCCACAGAAGCCGGAGAAAACGGCACCGGCACCAAAACGAUAUGAAAAACGGAUGAAGCGGGAAUUGGUACCAAUAGUACCAAGUAUAUCGAAAGAAGCGGAGAAAGAAGAUAAUUUGCCAAGGAAGACGCCGAUGCGACGUGUAACUGAAAAACGCGAAAAGUCCGCACCCGCACCGCCGCCGCCACCACCACCACCAGAACCGAAACCCGCAGCACGACCGAAACCGGCUGAACUUUUACCCCGACCGAUAUCUCGUCCACCGCGUGCAGUUCCAAAACCGGCCCCACCGCCCGCGGCACCGAUAGUUAAAUCCGAACCGGUGAAAAAGAUCGAACCUAAACCAGUGGUUCGUGAACGGCCGGCUCCGGUUUCAGUUCCACCACCCAUGAUUGAAAAGCCUAAGGAGAAACAGAAAAAAGCCCCCCCACCGCCGCCACUGAAAACAAAAAAACCCGCUCCGAAGCCUGUGUCGCGAGUAGCCAAACCGGAUCAUGAAACGCCUUCUGCUUUAGAUACAUCUAUGGCCGACCUUCUUAACAUACCUGCCGAAGAUUUCGUACCAGAUGAUGUGUCACAGGAAGGUCCCGAACAAUCAGUAAGUAUGCCAUCGAAACCUGAUGGAGUGCCAUUGGAAGAGCACACUUUGGACAAAUCUUUGACUGAUAAUGCUCAGCAGCCGGAAGUGAGCACAAUCGAGGACAACUUGCAAAAAUUGGACCACAUAUCUGAAACGGCUCAGGGAGCAACAGAGCUUCAAUCUUUACGAGGACAGGAUGCUGUGGAUUUGCCUGGACAAGGCGAGCAAGAUGACCAGAUGCAACUUGACUCUGAAAAAGAUGAUCGAAGUUAUAGAGAGGUAGCCGCUCUUCCAUCAAGAUUGUCCACUCCGGAUGACCGUGAUUCACAAUCAAGAUUUGCCCACACUUUAGUCGAAAGUCCUAAUUUGGCGAUUCAACAGAGUGCCGAGAAACCGUCGGAAGAGCAUGAAUCGUCAUUUGUCAAUAGUGAGCCUCGAGAUAUCGUUCCCCAACCAGUUGAUUCAGACCACCUCCAAACAAAAAAUGAUAUACAAUAUAGUCGACCUUCAGUGAAUCAGUCAACUGUGAGACAAGUUGUCGAUGAUCCCGGUCGAGUAAAGCAAAUGUCCGACGGUCUGCCUGGUGAUAUCAAACAGAUAGACGGAUCCAUUGUUGAAACUGAAGCCACGGUGGGAAGCACGGUGGCCGAAUCAAAAGAGCAGAGUGGGAAGCACCUGAAAGAUCUUAAUUUAGUUGAGUAUAUGAGACCACCGGAGGAGCAUGAGACUGCCGUUGGGAUAUUUGGUAAGGGUACGCAGUAUCAGAAACAACUACUUGAUGAAAAUGUUUUGGAACCGGACUCGUUAAGAGCUUCGUCCGCUAGAGAUCUUUCACAACCAUUAACUGAAGAGGUUAAAAUGAUGACUGAACCUGGUCCAGAAUUAAACUUGUUGGGUGGAGGCAGUCAAGUUGAACAAGGAAAAACAGAUCGAAUAAAAGUUGAAGGAAAGGUGAAACUACUGCCAGAUGAACAGUUCGGACAGAUGAGUGAACGUGAACCAAGUUCUGCAAGAUCCCUGGAUUUGCCUUCAGCUACCUCGGCUGUUCCAUCCACACAAGUGGCAGACGCUGUGAAAUCUCCACUGUCCCCAGAGAUCCCGGCAGGCGGUGUAUCCAGUAUUGGGAAAGUCUCUGAAACGGCACUGGUCAAACAACUACAAGAUGCUCAUAGUGAACAAACGGAUAUGCCCGAAGCUCCGUCGGUGCGUGAUUUGCAAUCCCGUGAACAGUCCGAGGGUAGUAGUAAAAUUACAUCUAAGGCAGAAGAACAGAUGGUCAUGAAGACCGGUCCAGAAUUGCCGGGUUCUAUCGAACAGAAGAAAGUUGGCCAAACGGCAGGACUUCAAAAACAGCUACAGGAUGAAGAUCAGUGUGAAACUGGACUAUCGACAGCCUUAUCUGAACAGAAAAUGGCUUCCACGAGAAGUACUGAUGCUACAGAGGCCACAGAGCACGCACAAUCUGAGAUUGAUUUGCAAAUAAAAAAACCAUUAUUAGGGGAUUCUGAAACAAUGCUAAUCAAAGAUGACUCUAAUCUGAUAAAACCAUUACAAGAUGCACACAGUGAUAUGACUGUACAAAGUUUGCGAGAAGCACAAUCGGUCGGAAGUGUGUCCGAUUUAAACGUGAUCCCACAAGAGGUUGAACCAAUAGGGAAACCCGAUGUUAGACCAGACGAGUUCCUCGUAACCAGUGCACCGGGCGCAAUGAAAGUGGCUGAUGAUUUCGCUUUAGUCAAACAGAUGCAUGAUGCAACUAUGGACGAAACAGGCCUUUCUGAUGCUCCGUGGGCUCGAUCGAUGGAUACACGAUCUGAUGUGGCUUCCGAAACGUUUGAACAACCUCGUACCACAAUACCCGACUCUCGUGGUGAGCCACCAGAAACAGUCACUGGUAUACAAGAAAAAUUUGAGAAGGUUGGCUCUGAAGCAAGAUCUCUACCUGUAGAUAUGCCAGAUGACCGAGCCUACCCGGGUAUAACAAUCAAAGAAGACGCUGUAGCAGGAAAAGAUAUUAUUGCAGUUUGUGAGGGUGAAAAUGUGGGCAGCAGAUGUGUGUCGGACUCGGCAAUCAAAUUUGCUCUUGCAUUAUCAGAGUCCGAGCAAAGCCAGGAGAAGAUGACGCAACAAGACAUAGCAGCUGCAUUGGGUGUUUCAAAGAUACCAGAUGCAACAGCAUUAGUAGCAACAAAUCAAGACACUACAGUGACACCAUUCAUACAGCUUUUGUCUGGAAAAAGUGAGAUAGCCAUGGAUGUGGAUAUUGCAGGAAAGGAAGCUGUUCGUUCUGUGAUAGACGAAAGAGAUAUGGAAGAUGCCAAAAGUCAAGAGUUCAUCCAACCAAAACAAAUUCAGCUAGAGGACUUUGAACGUUUACCCUGUUUUGGUUCAACACAUUCAGAAGAGGCAGCUGAAAGCACUGUAGCCUCUGCCAUAGACGAAUCUGCCACGCACUUGCGGCGAGCUGUUGAACCACAGGGAGAAGCUUUAACCGCACCGUUACCCUAUAGGUACGAUGAACAACAAAGUCGAGUCAAACUAUUACAACAGGAGAUAAGUGACAAAACCGCUAUUCCUGAGGCUUCUUCUCUUCGUUCAGCAGAGUCUGUACCGAGUACAGCACCAUAUGUGGAUGUUGAAGGACGAUUGUACUCAAAGCCCACUACUGAGGAACCAGUCGAGGGACCAGAGGCAGCUUCUUUUGAAACUCGUCAAGGAAGGACACAACAACUUCAUGAUGAAGAUGUACACCAAGCAUUCCAACCAACAGGUUCAUCUUUGAGGUCACUAACUUCAGACGCAAGCAGUGUUUUAUCAGAUGCAAGUGUCGCCAAACAAACCGUCCUCCCAAUGCAGAGUCUCGCUGCUUCACAGUUUCCGCCUGGUUUAGGUUAUGUUUCAAAAGAUAAAAGGUUAAUCAAACAGCUUCAGGAUGAGAGACCCGAUAAGAUACUAACUGAAAUUACCUCAGCCUUGACAUUUGAGACAGAAGGUAGUUUAGCAGCGGGUGGCGAGUUUGAAGUCGACUUGUUUCACGAACAAGUAAUGGAAGACAAAGAUGCACUUGCGGAAGCUCUUCCGUUCCGUAUAUCUUCUGUGAUAUCUACAAUGGAAGUUAAACUUGAUUUUGCACAGAGCGCAGAACAUGAUGAACAGCUGCAAGUACCGAUGUCACGUAGACGGACAACCAGUGCUACGCUAACUGUGCGAUUAUCUGCACGUACGGAUGCCUGUGACCUAGAAGAUAAAGAAGUCCCGCCAUUGUCAUUAUCUAGAAUACCAUCCACAUCAAUUCCUUACAAGGCUCUGGUUGAAUCCAAGGUAAAGGUUCACCUCGAAGAUGAAGCUACAAAACAAACACGUCAGAUUUUGAAGCAUAGAAUGUCAGGAAUUGUUGCAUUAGAUCGUUCACAACCCAUUGGAUUGUCCGAGCCUGAACAAGCCAUUGAAAGUAAGCCACAAAUCCGUCGACAAAUUUUGAAAUCCAGCCCUCGUUUAGAUGAAUCUCAGGGACCCAGUCCCCAGAGAUCACCGCUCAAGAUUGAAAUGCCUGCUAAAAGUCCAGGUGUGGCAAUGCCUAAGUCACCAGAUAAAGUUCAAAAUGAAUACCGGUCACCGAGCAGUCAGAUUUCGUCUUCUGAGGUGCCACAAGACAUUUCCUUCAAGACAAGAGUGUCCGUCGGACACCGAAGAUCCAAAACAAUCGGAGUCCCAACAGGUCAUUCCGAACGAUAUUCCCAUUCCCUAAUGUCUGUGCACGCGAAAAUCGAGAUUCCUGGAACUUCUGGUACAAAUACCGGUUUCCGGACCCAAACAAUGAUUCGUGUUGCCAGUUCACCGGGAAAUUUGGCUCAGCUAAGCGAUCAGAUGACAGACACCCAACAAACAGAAUUCCCUCGAUCCAUGAUAGAUUCAAAUGUUACUGACGUGCAGAUAAGUAUUUUGCAAAAUUUACGACUGAAUUUUGGAUAUCCGUGCUCCGGGCCAUCUGACACUGAUAAACCUGCACCAAGUUCUUCGCAUUGGCGCCGUGUUUUAGCAGCUGAUGUAGCUGCUGUGGCCCCGUUGGCCGAUUCUGGACGUUCGGUGGGUCUGGUAUCCAGGUCGUCUUUCCAGCUUCAGUCUGCGGCAGAGCAUAGCCGAAUGAAUUCCAUUCCUCAUCAGCCAUCAUCUGCAAAUGAGACCAGCAGCACUGUGGUUUCCUCUACGAAAGUUUCACAACAAAUUAUUGAUACAAUUCGCGUCUCUAGUCAGCCAGAUCCCAAACUGGUUGGUCUAUCGUUCAUUAAUGAUCUCAAUGGGGAACCAGUUUUGGCUAACACGGCCNUUGAUUCCAAUCUGGUUAUGGCAUUACGCGACGCCUCUCCUGAAGAUGCCGAAAAGAUGUGCUCCCAGUCGGCGCACUCAUUGAUCAUAACACAGGAAAUUGCAGUUGCAAAAGAAUACGAGCUUGAAAUGGAUGAUACUGGACUGGAAUCGCCAACAACUAUUUGCGAUCCUUAUCUAACCAAUCUUAUGAACGACACUAAGCAUCCAGACGGGAUGAUUGAAACACAAGUUCAUAUAAAUCCAAGUACAACAACGAAUCCCAUUACCGAAGGUGAAUGGCAACCGGCUCAAUUAGCCCCGGGAGCAGUGAUUGUAGCGGAUACCGGGAGAGAGGUGGGUCCGCCCGAUUAUCAAUCCCAAGCACCCUCGCUUAUUCCGCUUCAAGUAGUCACUGGAGAUUUGAGUGUAAAAACCAGGCGAGUUUCACAGACCGAAUCUAUGCCACAGGGAUCUAUUCUUCCAACUACACGCAUUGUGGGUAGACCACAGUUUCAAGAAGACAAUCAAAAUCUGCCUGAACCUAUCAACGUUAUUGCAAAUACCACAGCACCCGAUAAAAUGGAGUCCAGUUUGGCAAAUGCCUCCAUUGUACCUGUCGAACGAAAACUCGAUGGGGAUCCUGACAGAAAAUCUACAUUGGGUCAUCCAUCCCUACUUGACGGGUCUGCAACAAAUCAAGCUGCUUAUUGGACAGAGUCCAUGGUGUCCUCGUUUGGUCGAUUAGAAAUGAAAGGUGUUCUCAAUAUAGGGGAAGCUAAGUUUUUACCUGACCUUCCACUGAAUGACGGUGUUGCAGAGGGAACGGAGUCGAAGGUUCCGGCAACUACUCCCACUACUACUCAGUGGUUGGAUGCAGAAGAACAAUGUGUACAAAGUGUUGCUCCUCUUCAAAACAAUAAGUCAACCCAACCAAAUACAGAAAGCAGAAUGAUCCAACCCACCAAUUUUUAUUAUACCAGUGAAAAUACCACAACCAAUUUGCGCACUGGUCAAGACUCUACAAAUCCGUUUACGGUUGAGAUUGAGCAAUUGUUCAGCAUGAAUGGGACAAGUGACAGAGUAGAUCCGGCUCACUCCUACCCAAUGAAUCUGUCUGAAAACGGUGCAAGAAUUGAAACUGUAAAAAGUGUAAUGACAACCAAUUUACAACAACGGACCGAUCUGGAAACGAAACCUUGGCUUUCAACCCGUGGGAAUGUUGUUAUGAGCCUCAGUGAAAACCGAUCAGGAACAUCUCCAGCAGCGACCGAGCGGGGACCACCGUUUUCGUAUAAUCGUUCCGACAAAAUACCACAGAUUGGCAGUGAAGCCCAAUUACAAACCGCUCAAAGGGAUAAAAGUUGUGACAUGCAAGAGGCCCUAAAUUUAGCCGUUUCCGUGAUGCUUGCAGACGAGGGUGAAUUGGAACUUGUAGCUCGUGUGAAUUUCUGUGUCAGUCAGUCCGCAACAGAUGCACCAAAAGAACCAGACAAAACGAAUCCCCAAAAUCCAAACGUAAUUGAUCCGAAUCCGAAUUGGAUGACCGAGCCAUGCACAUCCCCAGUCGGUGAAUCCAUGGAAGAUACCACCGUGCCACCUAAAUCGGCCACAUUGAAUAUUUCAACCUUGACUCGUGUCGAUUUAACCGUGAACGGGGCAUCCGAUACAUCCAAGAAGAUAGAUAUGAUAUCGCGCUGUGCAGAACCUGUACCGGCUAUCAGGCUCUCAGGACCCAACGUUAUUAGUCCCACAUCUUCUUCGAAAAAUCCUUCGAAAGCGGUGGUUCAUGUGGAAUCUGUGAUUGAGAUUAAAUCACCGACGCAUCAAAUGUGGGCAAGCAAAGUCGCGUCGGACCAGCAUGAUCUCUCAUCUCCACGAAUGCUAUCACCCGAAAUUUCCAUUGAUGCAGACCCAGAACGAAUUACCCAGACCAUUUUUAAUGUGUGUGAGAACACAUCACAGCCGGUCAACAUCACACCACAAAAUCCGCAAAAAUCUGUUCGUGAAACUGACAGACUGAGUGAUAAACAGCGAACUGGUUUGUCCAAAGAACUAGGAGAUGCCAGCCUUUCAAAAACAACUCCAAUGGUCGAGUUACCACAACAAGAGAAUGAGAGCAAUAUGGGGCGAAAUGAAUCACCUGUUUGUUGCACACAAUCACUGACCGAAAGUUUUUCACUGAGUGAUCUGGAUUCGUUGCACAGUGCGUCUUUAUGUGCCGCUAUAAUGCCACGUGAUAAAGUGGUUGGUUUGUUCGUCACAUCACUCAGUCCAAGAGUCGAGCCCGGAAGAAAUCAGUCUCAGAGACCUCAUCAUUUGCGUACGCAUUCCAGUAUAGAUUCGACCAGUCAGACCUUGCUCAUGCUCCCGUCCAAGAUGGCACUGAACUCGAGUUCUGUCAUGGCCUGCGUAGUACAUCGUCCAACAUGGGCAAUUCACGAACCGAAGUUGCUUCUCACCAAUUGCAUUCCCAAUGUCAAAUCUAUGCUCGUUUAUCAAGAUCCGGAGGAGAAUGAAUCACAAGCUAAAACCAGUCUGGUCUCAGUAGGUUUGGGUUCGUGUCUCAAUUUCUUCGUUUGGUCGACUGUUUGUGAGCACCGCUCAAAUUUACCGCUCGCGGAAAUGUGUGACGUUCAUGAUUGUUCCAAGACCAAAUCCGAUCGGCAGUUAUGUUUGUGUUUGAUCCGGGUCGCUCAGUUGUGUGAAAAUUCUUUCAGUUAUGAUGUCUGUCCAGUAAAAUACUUGUCUCAAUGUGUGUUUCCAAUUCAAAAUACGACCUGUCAUCUACUGGAUAUCUCCGCCCAAACAGUCCUGCAGAAUCAAAUCAUACAAAAGCCACCGUGUCCCGUUCGAAGGUUCAGUAGCCGAGCCAUGGAAGUGGAGAAAUCGCUUAACACCGGUCAAUUGGCGAUUGCAUUACUACGAAGUUCCAUCAAAACACUAAUGGUAAUUGCUAUACAAUUUUCACUCCAGUGUGAAACUGACCAUGCUGUAGUGAUCCUUCCGGCUAAUACCGAUACUUAUCGGACUCCGUUGAUCGCAAUGGGUUAUGGUCAAAAUCAGGUCGAAUGUCUGUCAUCGUUUCGUGUAGUCUGUGUGUACGUUGAGGACAAACCGGAUGUGUAUCACGAGCAAACUCUCUGUCAAUCUGAAAUUGUGCCUGAUCAGAAACAAUUGUGGAUAGAUGAAAUGGCCAAUGAUACUUAUGUUACUCGUUCAUGGAUAAUUUGUUUACCGGUUUUGUCAUCCAGUGUCAAUAUACUUUUCGGUUAUUGUCAUUCAACCACUCCGACCACCAUUCUGUCUACAUCAGUGACAACUCAGAAACAUAUUUCGGAAAGUUUCCGAGUGUUAGAUGUUCGUAGUCCAGAAUCCAUAGUGUUUGGUUUCACCAAUCUGUGUGCUGUAAAUUUAACCCCAAGCGACUCGAUCGAAUGUCAUCAAUGUUGUAUGGAAUUUCAAGGUGAUAUACGUGAUUGCCAAGUGACUAUAUCCCCUCCACCGGCAUCAUCAUCAAAAACGCCAACACCGCCACCGCCACCACUUCCUCUUUUACCACCACAUCACUUUUCGAUUUCAUCAUCUCUGUCUUCGAUGACGCUUUCAUCCCCGUCGAAACUGUGUUGUUCACGGGAUACUCCACUUCCUGCGGAAGAUCUUUUUUUUUCAGAUCUCAGUGAUCUUGAUCGGGAAAGCUCGAUCAACCAUAACGUUACACCGAUGAUUAAUAAGGUAUAUGCCCGACAUGUGCAUGCAAACACGUUUCCAUUUGCAUCUAAUAUGCUUGAUCCUUUCCAUGAAGAUAACGCCAAAGAAAUUCUGAAAGAGGUUGUACUACACUCUGUGUCAUCUUCUGAUGCAUCGUGUUCACUAUCACAUUUGCUAGAUUUCGAUCCGCACCGAGUAAAGAUGAAUGCUCGAAAUCAUUUCGAACCGUUACGAUUGAAUAGUGCACACGAUGAAAUGAGAGAUACCAUAAAGUAUCUUCAAAUGACCGACUCCGAGCACGAUCCGGCAUUACUGCAAGGUUGUUCGGGACCUCCAUUGACCCCAGUCAUAACUAUGACCAGCAAUCCGAUACUCCUAACUCCGAUGUGUGCUAUAGAUUCCGAUUUAGAUGGUUCGGUAACCAGAGAUCCGAAUAAAUAUGCCACCGCUCGGAUCGAUCAAACUGAAGUGAUAUCACAAACUGUGCUGAAUAUUCCCUGCAAACGAUGCCAGUCCAUGGAAGGACACGCUUCGCCACUGUUGAAUUAUAUUGCUCAAGUCCAAGAUGAUCAUCGAAUUUUUCAUCUGACCAGAAGUCACGAUGAUCAUACACCGGACGAAUUGCACUCGCUCAGUUCACUGACACCCACAUUUAGUGCUGAUCUGUCAGAUAUCGCUAUUUCCAUCCCCGGUUGUCGUGAUUCACAGGCCAGUCAACUGACCACAGAACCACGUUGUUCUAAUACAUUCGUUGUUCAAAGUGUGAAAAACCAAUACAACUUUACGCCAUCUUCCGGAAAACAGCAGCCACAACAACAGCAUCAUCAUCAAAAACAACAAAAAUUUGAUCAAAACGAUUUACCCUAUCACUAUAUCACCCAAUCUUGUCCAGUGCACACACCGGAUGGUACUAGACUGACUGAUCUCAGACCAAAUGCCAACUCAGACAUUGUGAUUAUGCCUUGUACAACCUAUACGGAACAAUACGAGCUAUCCAACGAAUCAGUUCUGGCCAAGUCGGAUCAUCUGGACAUGGGGAAAAACUCACGCACCNCACCGAAAUACACACGACCACAAAGUUUGAAUGCCGUUCACCCACAGACGAAUCCUCGCAGUUUUCUCGGGCACGCAUCAGCCAAACGAAAGCACCAUUCGUCUCGGCGAGGCAGGUCACUGAGUGAAACGCGUUGGAGGAAAAUGGGUUGCUAUUCUGCGGUGAAUGACGAAUAUAUCAUAGAACCGAAAGCACGUCGACCUUUGUUCCGACAAAGCACCUCUGAAAUCAGUGAUCACGUACUGACCGAUCAUUCUGGAGAUUUGAGAGUGAGAGCGCCACCGAAAUUGUUUCUACCGAUUCACAGAGAGGCUUUAUUGUGGAAUCGAAAUCCUCUGGAAGUAAUCCGAUUCCCAAAUGUCAUAUUUUUCCUUGCUCAUCGGGUUCAACAGUUGAUACCGCAGUGUAAAUGUGAUCGCACUUAUCCAACCCAGUCCGUGACGGGUUUGGCUCUGGCGCAAACAAAACCCGAAAUCAUGUCUAAACUGAACAUAGUUUUGUCACAACAAUUAGGCAUUUCCACUGAGAUACGCCACAGUCUGAACUGGUCACGUGUAUUCUCAUCAACCACUUAUUCUAUCCCUAAAACAUUUGCCAUUUGUCAUAAGUACUCAAUCAGAAUGACCAAAUUUCAUCUCUGGUCUACUAGCAAAUCUACCAACCGGUGUUUCCCCGUGCUGUACAGUUUGAAUGAAUGCUUCAGUUCGCAAGCAGUUGUGCCUCCGUUUGGCGAGACCUGUUCGAUCGAAUGGAUCACAAUUACCCCGCCAAAACAUCACUUUCCAGUUCAAUGUAUUGUGAACGAUCUUCGUUCCAAUUGUGAUUUUAUUGAACAGAACAUCCAAGCUUUGAACCCCAUGAUCAAUGCGUUCGUGAUUCCCAACCCAUCCACAUUGGCCUGCCUGGAUUUGAACAUUUUUGUGUCCCAACUUCUCAGUGAGAAACAUCAAGUUGUUGAUCAUUCCACACGUGUGGCGGAACAAUAUAUGCCUCGUGUUUUGCCCAAUCUGGCGAUUCACGGCUAUCCGGGAGGUCAGAAACCUCGACUGACCAGACACUUCAGAACAACUCUCGAAAAUUUGAUCAAUUUUCCGGAUAUCCUUGUGGACAGCACCGUACAGACUAUUCGACCUUUGCCGAAGAUACGCGCUUUCACCGAAUUGGCCACCCGAUUCCAUACACGCUAUCCACACGGUUCGACGCGAAAAAACUUCUCCCUUGUGGAACAUACAGCACAACUGAUAUGGACUGUGGAUCUGAUAUAUUUUAUGAGCUCUCCAGUUGAUCAGCAUUGUUUAUUCAAAAUGCAACUUACUUUGCCCCUGAUGACAGACACAAAAGAACAAGACUAUUUACAGGUAUGCUAUGUCCAAUUUUAUUCACCGGAUUCGAUUCUCUCACCCAAAUCACAGACAUUGCCAGAUCGAUGUGUCUAUUCAUUCGAUGCCUCAUGUCAGAUAGCAAACUGGAUGGAUAUGGAUCACAGUCAGAUGACCGGAUUAGAUUCCACCUCGAUCAGUAGUAGUUCUCUUCAACUAAGAACUGUGGGCUGUGUGGCCGAAGUGGAUGAGACAUCUCUUGUGCAGACAAAUAUCCCGAACAGUCGAACGAAAUUAUCCAGCUAUACGGAACGGGAAAUGUCUGAUCAUUUUCAAGCAGAUCUACUCACUGAUUCGCUUCAGUUACGCAGUGCUGACGGUGACAUUUACACGGACAUCGGUAAUGAACAAACGGAACAGAGACAUUUUCUGAUCAAAGCCGAUUUCCCCAUGGAACAGCAUGCUAAAACAAUUGUGAGUAUUCCACACUGUGCAUCCGGUCUACAGAACCCACCCGGAUCGCUUAUUUUGUUAUCUACACAAUCGAAAGAAAUUUAUGAGGCACCACCAAAUGCAAUCUAUUUAGAACAAAAACGAAGUUCUUCAUCCUCGAAAAUUCACAGUAUUAGUAAA